UCUAUGUCGAUGUUCAUUUCGUCCAAAACAACGAGCGACAGUCAUCGCCAUCGGCGAGGUCAAGACCGCGGAGAGCGAGGACGAAAGUCCUACGUUGAUGACGCAGCUCGGACGCUACCAGCUCGCCCUCAUCAGCACGCGCCCCUGCGUCAGCGUCUGUCACGGUCUUACUCUGUGUGGCGCGAAGCUGCGCCUGUGGCGCUUCGAUGCCCACACCUACGCCUGCACGCGCGUCAUCGAUCUUCAUGACGAGGCGCACGUUGAGCAACUUGUUCGUUUCGUCGCAUUUCUGGCGAGCGACGAGGCACUCGUGCGCUGGUCGCCGACAGAGCACGAGACGUUCGGCGUCAAGAACGGCCUCGACAGUGUCGAGGUGUACACCUGGCUGGCGCCGCCUGUGCUGCUCCUCGCGCGGUGUGACCUCUUCGGCGGCCGCACGUGCUGCUGGGGUGGCCAGGCGCGUCGAAGCGGCGGUGAGGUCGAAGACAUCGUCAUCAAGAUGGCCUGGGUACCGUCGUACCUGAUUGGUCACGAGGGCGCCGUACUGCGCCAUCUGGAGGCUGCUGAGGUGUCAAACAUCCCGCGCUUCGCUGGCACACUCGACUAUCCAUCGGCGAUGCGCACUGAUCGCUCGAACCACGCGGUCAAGCUGAUCGAUGAUGCCGCGAUUUCGAAGGCGCGGUGCUGGAUCCCAGAGUGGUCCAAGCAUGGCGUGGAGCUCGAUGCGCUCGUCCUCAAGUGUCCCAUCGGACUUCGCAUCGUCGCUCGCUCGCCGAGAGCACAGCUCGACGUGCUGCACAUGUAUCGCGACCUCGGCGCAGUCCUUGCCCGCGUCGCCGAGGCUAAUGUGCACUAUCGAGACUUCAAUCUCGGCAACGUGCUUCUCGCACCGGCGUCGCUCCGCGAAUCAUCGGGUCUCGCCGUGCUCCUCAUCGACUUCGGUGGUGCUCGCAUCGGCGAGCAACCACGCGGCAACCUGCCGUCACGCGAUCGCUCUGCCUCGGUCGCUGAUGGGGGUCAUGAGCUUCGCCUGAGUGCUGACGACGCUUGUUCGGCGAAUGCCUCGUUCAUUUCGCGGCAAUCAACUCAAGCAGCCGAGAACGUGAGAGAGGUGAUCGAGUGGUCAGAAAAGGUUGCGCUGUUCGAAGCGGACCUCCCUGCCCCGUCUGCAGACGAUUACGACUACAAGAACACGGACCUGCAACUUGCGCGGCAGACACUGUCCGAAGCCGAAGCCGCCGUUCGCUCAAGCCAGCAUCGGCCGACCGAUGAUCUCGAGUCGGCAUUCUGGUGUCUGCUCUAUCAGCGCACUCAUCGGCGGCAACACGACGACUGUAGGCAGUAUGGGUGUCAAGGACUUCAAGUCUGGUUACGUUGCAGCAUGGAAAAAUCGCAAGCGGGUCGUCGAAGUCAUGGGCCUGGGCAGCACCUCGCUGGCAGCGUUGCUGCAGCAGGGCGAGCUCAUGACUUGCUUUGAGCAGGGUCCACGGAUGCCGUCCAGCACCGAGCCGCUCAUGACGCAGGGUCAUGCCGAGGCGUUCAAACGCUGGAACGUCCUCUUCGACCGCGCCAUUGUCAAGGAGGCGGAGCGGGUCGCAAAGGCAGAGAAGCGCGUCCAGGACAAGGAGCGCCUCGCGAAGCCCGAUGCUGC